CUUUGGAGCACUCCAUUUCUGCGCCAAUUUCCGUCCAUAAUGGCUGCUGAACAGAGGAAGCUGCUUGAGCAGCUUAUGGGAGCGGACCAGCUUAUAGGUACCGGAGCCCCGUCGCGCAAUGCCCAACUCUCGAUCACAGACCAGAAAGUCUGUCGCUCCUAUCUGGUGGGCACAUGUCCACACGAUCUCUUCACGAACACAAAGCAGGAUCUUGGUCCAUGUCCCAAGAUCCACAGCGAGGGUUUGAAGACAGAGUACGAGACAGCCUCCGCCGCGGAAAAGGCAAAAUGGGGAUUUGAAUACGACUACAUGCGCGAUAUGCAGAAAUAUAUCGAUGACUGCGAUCGGAGGAUUGAUUCGGCGCAGCGACGACUGGAGAAGACGCCGGAUGAGAUUCGACAGACGAAUAAUCUUCUUAAACAAAUCUCCGACCUAUCCAAGACCAUAAAUACAGGCCUCCUCGAAAUUUCCGUCCUCGGCGAAACAGGCUCCGUCGCUCUGGCGCUGAACGAAUUACACAAAGUGCGCACCACCAAGCAUCAGAAGGAGACCUGCGAGCGCGAACUGAAGAAUCUUCAAGAUACCUCCGGCCCAUCAGGCCACCAGAAACUGCAAGUCUGCGACGUUUGCGGCGCCUACCUGAGCCGACUGGACAAUGACCGCCGGUUAGCGGACCACUUUUUCGGAAAAAUGCACAUGGGCUAUUCGGAUAUGCGCAAAACCUACAAGAAGCUCAGUGAGGAGCUCAAGGGGAGACCGCCACCUUCUCGGCACCAUGAUGAUGAAGACAGCUGGGGCGGCCGCAGUGGUGGAGGACGUGGACCUCGAUAUGGUGGUGGCGGGUACAGAAAACGUGGUGGGAGAUGGUAAGAUGGUAAUUAACGGGUUGGGUGUGUCUUUUAUUGUCGAAUUUUUCCCUGUCUUUAUAUUUGGUUUCUGUGAACUUGCAUAGCGCUGGAGUUUUACGUUUCUGUCUAAUUAGAUGAAUCCCUCUUGAGAGCUAUGAGUAGUUUGACAAAUGUCAAUACGCAAACUGGGUUCAGUUAUAAUCUAGGCAGUAGGUCAAAAAAGAAUGCGAGGACUGACAGAUGGGUCAUUUUUAUAUUGCGACCGAGAUAACCAUGAAGCACGAUGCAGACUAUGGAAUACAAGAAACCCAAUUUCCUUAAUUUUAGCAAGGAGACGAAUACCGACAAUCCUGCCUUCAUAAUGCUCAGGGAAGGAAUACAGUGUAAAAGAGAAGAAGAAUAGAGAAUAGAGAGGGAGAAAAAAUCAUUACUGAACAAACAUAUGAAAAGAAACGGGCAAGGGACAAAUGUUGAAAAAAUAAAAAGUCCCCAUGACCAGCUCGUGAAACAACUGUUUUAUACAAAAGCAUAAUGGUAAAAAACGAGAAGAUAGAAACCGCAUAAAGC